CCCGGAAGCAGCUGUACUCGCUUGCGGAUGAAAACAAAUCGUUCUUGGUUUUAUUUUUAUAUUUUAAAUCUAUCAUGGCGUCCGAUCCUAAAGCAGACUCAGAUACAGGGAUGUGGGUUAAAACUCGAGAGGCCAUGGCGCAUUUCCGAAAGCUACUUUUAUGCUCUAAAUGUUCUAACAUCCUGAGUGAGCCGGUGUGUCUGGGAGCCUGUGAGCAUCUGCUGUGCAGGACGUGUGCAGGUCCUAGUGUGGGCGACGGCUGCAGUGUGUGUCACAGUCCCUCCUGGGUGAAAGACGUCCAAAUCAACAGACAGAUCAGUAACAUAACGCAGCUCUUCCUGCAGCUAGAGUCUGUAAUCUGUCCCUCCGAGUGCUCAGCGCCACCUGCUGAUUCUUUGGCGUCCUCAAGUGAGCCGUCUCUCCCCACCAAGAAAAAGAACUUCAAGAUCUGGUUCAGCCCGAAAAGCCGUAAAGUGCGCUGUCGAGUGGACAACCCAGCGGACACUGACCCGCCAACGCGACCACGGCCUGACUCCAACGUGUUAUCCGUCUUCAACUUCACUUCCUCUUCCCAAGAUUCAGGCUCCUCCACACCUCCCAGGUCGACUGGAGGCGCAGAACGGAAGAGGAAAAAGACCAAACGAAAGCGCGUCGUCAGGAAACAGGUCCGAAGCUCCAGGAUUCCGAGUAAGCAAAAAAAGAUGAGGCUGGAGGCCGUGAACCAGCAAUGGGGGUUCGGGAAAGAUGAUCGAAUAGAGCACGAGGACGAUCCGGUGAAGCAAAACGAGACGAGAAGCGGGAAAAGGGUGUCGUUUCGUUGUCCGAACGGUAAUGCUGAUCAAAAAGAGGAGGUUCCUCAGCCAGAGCAACAAGUCCUCAGUCCAACCAGGACGAGGAGCAUCUUGAAGGACGGCGUUGAGAAGACGCUCGAUCAAGAGCAUCUCCGUUCUUCACCGAAAAGAUCCACGCCACAAAGUGACGAAAGCCCACAUAGCACCCCGAAGCGUCCCAGAUUGUCUCCAGGACGGAAGGUGAGAAAAAGGAGCGCGGGUCAGUCUCCAGACAUUUCCAGAAGAAGAUCAGUAGAGGAAAGGAAAGACAAGGGAAGCCCUGGGAGCUCUCCUGCCACCGGGAGGACCCAGACAACCCCCGCGUACAUGAAGAGGAACCAUAAAGGAGAGACGCCGCUGCACCUCGCCGCGAUUAAGGGUGACGUGGAGACGACCAAAGCUCUCCUGGAGCAGGGAGCCGACCCCAACCUUAAGGAUCACGCCGGCUGGACUCCACUGCAUGAGGCAUGUAACCUGGGCCAUGUGGGUGUGGUAGAGGUGCUGCUCCAGCAGGGGGCGCUGAUAAACACACCCGGCUAUGAGAACGACUCUCCUCUACACGACGCUGUGAGGAACGGCCACGCCGCUGUAGCCAGGCUGCUGCUGGAGCACGGCGCCUCGACUACUGUACUGAAUAUUUUUGGCCUUCGUCCUGUUGAUUAUGCUGCGACUCCAGAAAUGCGAGAGGUCCUAACAUUGGUCCCUGAGGCACCCCAAGCGGUUACCACUCCUGUGAGCUCUCCAGCAAAUCUGUCAAAGUCUCCAGCGCUGAUGAAGAAGGAUGUCCAGGUCACUCUGAUCGGUACUAAACUAACAACAGAUCAGCAGAACCAGCUGACCAAAGCAGCGCGAGUCCUGGGAGGAAAGCGAGUCGAGACUUUCUCCAGCGCAGUCACACACGUGGUAGUGCCGGAUGGCCCCUUGCCCUCCACUCUCACCGUCCUUCAGGGAAUCCUCAACGGCUGCUGGGUUCUAAAAUUCACAUGGCUGGCCGAGUGUCUGGAGCAGAGCCGUCGGAUAGAGGAGAGCGAGUACGAGGCGGCCGAGGGUCCACAGAGGGCUCGAGUGAACAGAGUCAGUCUGCUUCCUCCUCUCUUUGACGGCUGCUUCUUCUACCUGCUCGGCUCUUUCCACAAGCCUCCGAGAGACGAGCUGGUGCAGCUGCUGAGGGCAGGAGGAGGCCAGCUGCUCAGCCGGCAGCCCAAAGCAGACAGCGACGUGACUCAGACGGUGAUGGCGGCAGCGUAUCACGCUCAGCCGGACUCGGACCAGGCGUUCUGCACUCACUAUGUCCUGUAUGACCCGCAGAGCUCGAGCAGACCCGGGCCGGUCCGUCUGGGCAAAGUGUGGUCAGCGCCGUUGUCGUGGCUGCUGGACUGCAUCCGGGCCUUCGGCCUGCUUCCUGUGCCUGAGCUCUGAUGCAUUUAACUUUCAAUACGUGUAAGGCCGACUGCCAGGAGGCAAAUCAUGAUCAUAAUGGCAUGAAGCAUCACAUCAUCAUCAGUCAUCACGACAGUGAUUUUCUGCGUUACUCAGUAUUGUGUAUCGGACAAUAUUCCGAGCUUUUUUUUUUUUUGUAAUUAAAAAAAAAAAUGGUAUGCUUAUAAUAGAUCAAUAGACCUUAUCUAUCAAUUUAAACCACGUAUAUACGUACAGGGUGAUUCACUCGAAACAGGCUCCGAAUAUAACUUUGGCUAUGAUGAAGCAAUCUGAACGAAACAACACACAAUGUGAUCCUCAGUGUAUGGAGCUUCGAACCCUCCCUGUUUAUCUGCGUAAAAAUUUU